GCUUCCACUCCGGAGCUGCACGCGUCCCCAUGACGUCACCGCGCUCCGGACACCCAGGUCCCGCUGUGAUUGGACACAAGAAAGACGAGCUGCAGUUGGAAUGGGCGGGACGUGUGCGCGUGUAUGUGAAAUGGGCCAAUCAGAGACGAACAGCGGUCUCCUUGGUUACGUCUUGUACACCGACUGCCUUCUUUGCAGAUGAAGUGUGGAAAGCAAACCUUUACAAGCGAGAGAUGAGUGGGAGAGACCUGCGUGCCUUUCUGUCGAGUCACCGUGCUGAGGAUGUAGAGAAGCUGACGCAGAGAGUAAAGGAUGAUCUGGGAAUCACCAAAUACAAACCUGUUCAGUAUGACAAGCUUCAGGCCAUGGUGGAGGCCAAGAAGCUGCACUCUGAGAAGAUUGAACACAAGAUACAGAAGAGUCUGCGUGUGGUUCAAGAGAGGAGAGAGAGUGGCCUGCUACGUCAGCACAGACAUGUGUGGACUGCCGAGAACCACAAACUGAGCCGAACCAGGGAGCGAGUGGAGGCAGACAUGAGGAACUUCCUGACUAGAAGCAGACUGGAUGAAGGGGAAGAUGGAGACCUCUUCACUGAUCUGCUGCAUGCUGAACUGAGAUUGGAGCAUGAACGUGAAGCAUUUCGCUUGGCCACAGUAGAGCCAGUAUGCCAGCUAAGAGAGGACCUGCUCUACAGACUGAUGUCACAGCCUCCAGCAGCCAUUCAGCAUGAAGAGUGGGUGCAAGUCCUUCAGCAGGUGAUAUCUGUGAAGGAACAGCAGCAGGCUGUGAUGGACAGACUGCAGGAUGAGUGUGUCGCUCUCGAGCAGGAGCUAAGCGCUGCUGGACUGGAGGAGCGACUGGAUACUGCUGCAGUGGAGGAGUAUGUUGGUGUUCUGGAGCAGAUACCAGAGGAGAUCCUGACCGCACACUGCCCUUACCCCGAGGCCAAAGAAUCCAUCAUCAGGGCCUUCAUCAACAUGUCAGAAAAAUACUCACAGCGCCUAAAGACGGCACGCAGCAGGUUGCUGGGCCUGGACAGGAAUUGUGGCUGGAAUGAAGAAGAUCACUUGCGAUUCCUUCACAUCGUAGGUCAAUAUUCUCCUGAGCUAAGAAACCAUAGAGGGCUCUAUAUGGAUAUGCUCCAGAGAAUUCUACCCCAUAUCUCCAGAGCAGAACUGAGUGCCCAUGAGCGGACCUGGGACUGGUACAGGUUCAGCGUGGAGCAGGAGAGGCUGCUGUUGGAGAGUUGGCACAGGGAGCAGGCAUUUCUGCGGCUGAGGACACUGCGGUUGUUGGAGGAUGCCAGGGUCAUCUAUGAUGAAGAGCAGAGCCUGCAGAGUGACAGAUUACACCAGCAACACAUCUGUGUACAGCUUAGACAAAAGCUGCAGCAGUGGCAUGAGCAGCAGGAAGAGGUGGCACAGAUGGAGGCGGCUAUAGCAUCACGCUGGCAGGAGGAGGAGAAGGAACGACAGAAAGAGGAGCAGGAGAGAGAGCACGCUAAGAGGACCAGACAGAAACAACAAGUGCGGGAGUUUCGUGAGGAGCAGCGGAGGAGGAGAGCGGAGUGGAGGUGCAGGGAGGAGACGAGACUGGCGCUGCUCAGGAGAGAGAUGGAGGAGCAGGCGAGGAGAGAUAAAGAAAGGGUGCAGUUCAGAGAGAAGUUGCUGCAGCAUCGACAGCAGGAGCAACAAGCUAAAGAGAGACUCAGACAGAGAGAGGAUGAGGAGCGAGAGGAGAGACUUCAGACACUACGCAAUCAAGUUGCCAUUGUGGCAGGAGCAGACCCAGAGAGGAUGAUGGGACAGACUGAAGCGUGGAGAACCCGCCUACAGCCUGACAAAGAAGAGUUCAUGUUGCAGAAACCCCUCUAUCACUUACACACCUAUACAGACACACAGAUCGUGGCUGACCCGAGGGUGCGUAUAGAACAGGCGCUCAGGACGGCAGGUCUUCAUCACACACACUACGCUCGAACGCUGCUUUCAGAAAUCCCACCACCAAAACCACCGCGACGGGACACGGAAUCCACCGCCUUUAAAUCUUAACCUUACAUUUUUCACAUCACACGCACACUGUUAAUGUUUCAUCCAGCCAUUUUCUGUACCACUUAUCCUACACAGGGUUCAGGGGAGCCUGGAACUAUCCCAGGGAACUGGGAGCACAAGGCAGGGGACACCCUGGAUGGGGGAGGCAGCCCAUCACAGAGCACAAGCGCACACACUCUCACACACUACAGACAAUUUAGAGAUGCCAAUCAGCCUACAAAGCAUGUCUUUGGAUGGGGAGAGGAAACUGGAGCACCCGGAGAAAACGUCUGGGUUACGCAUGUAACCCUGUUCUCUGAGAAGGGAACGAGAUGGUGCGUUUAGCAUAACAGUAUGGGAGCGCCCUUGCGCCCAUAGCGGAAGGAGGAGUCGCGACACGAACUCCAAAAUCCAGUGGAGAGCCGGACCCAGAAGAUAGAACAAGUGAUAGAGCAGCGCUCGUCUCCGGCUCCUCUUCCGGAUCCAUAAGAGAUCCCCCGGACCUGAGACGGCUAGCUGCCUCGGCAGCGGCUGGCCCAAAUCCGCGAGGCUCUGAAACCCAACUCGCUUCGGCUUCCGAGAAGAGCGCAAGUCGCGAGCUGAGUUGCCUAAUGUAGGCGUUACAAUGUGCAGCCUCUCGAGGCUGCCAUCGCAUGCUACAGCCCUAGACACUUCACACAGAAAGUGUGCACUACUCCCCGUGAUGAAACUAGAGCUUCCUGAAUUUUCUCACUCAUAUUUUUCUCUCUCGCUCAAUCCUUUUUUAUAGAUAGAAAAAUUCUGAGAUUUUGAGAAAAGAUAGAGAGGAAAUGAAGCUUCUUUUGUUUCUUUACACAAACAACCGACAUGCAGUCUUUCGCUGAAGAUAAUAAGGCUGACGGCGUGGUUCACAGGUGCCAUAUUUAUACCACGCGACGCGCUUAAUUGCCACGUCACCUGAUCAUGGCAGGCCUAUAAACAGAGGCAUGAUUUUACACAAGCUUCAGAUACUGGUUGCACGCAAGGGCGCUCCCAUACUGUUAUGCUAAACGCAACGUCGAGUUCCCUUUGAAAGGGAACCCCCAAAGCAUGGGAAGAACAUACAAACUCCACGUACACAGGGCGGAAGCAGGUUUGAUUCGAAGCCCCGACCCCAGAGGUGUGAGGAAAACAUGCUAAACAAAUAAGCCACCGUGCCCACCUCUUAAUGUUUCCUCUCUUGAAAAAAAACAAAACAAAACCAAUAACAGGAACCAGUACGUUCUGCUCCACUGCAGAGCGACAUGAUUUCCAUUACAGGCAGAACCCUGAAAAAAGGAAAUACUGAGAUGCUAAUCAGUAAGCAUAAUCAUUAUUAUACUCUACUGCAUAAUACUGGAAAUGAAAUGCUUAACAGAGAAAAUGUAAUAGUCUUUUUUGAAUUAAAUCCAGACCACAUUACUGUUGAAAGUAGAUUUGAAGAGCUCUGCUACUUCCCCUCUGCUGGGUUCGUUAAUGUAUCUCUGAUAGAUGGGGGUUUUGAAUAGGGAGAAGUGUCCAAUCUUAAAGCUACUGUGACUGCAGGUUUUCAUUCCCAUCAACACGCAUCCCAUUGAUGGCAGCCAUGUUGUGUUGGCAUUAUUUCAUAAACCACCUGAUUGAUUCACUUUACACUUGAGAUGCUUUGCAAUGUUAUUACUCUGAAUGGAAGAAAAACCUGUGAUUGGAACCAGACGACUAACCUAUAUGUGUUAGACGUGAUGCGCCUUCAUUAAACAUUAACUUAAAGACGUCAGUGCGUUUGGGUAAGGAGUUAGGUUUGAUAUGAUGACAAUAAAAAAAUACGACGGCCUCUGGACUUCUCUGGUGGUCUUUUUUUUUUUUUUCUUUUUCCCAAAGAAGCACAAAUCCAUAUUUUCAGUCGUGAGUUUAUUCAUGUAUAAAUAACUGAAUCAGUUUGAUACAAAUAAAUUUAUUACAUACAUUUGAUUUCUGCAAUUUUGAAAAGACGUUCAGCACGUCGAGAAAAACUGUUCGAAAUUCAAAAGCAUUAAGAGUCAAAGUCAGCUACUGUGUUAAGUAAAAAUACGUAUAUAGUAUUUAACAUAUCUACAACAUGUACACAUAUGUACAGAAGUCAAAACACAGCACUGACAUAUGCUUCUUAUAAACGUUAUAAACAGGCAUUUGUAGCUGUUGAUUUCUUUUUGACUUUAGGACAAUAUAAAUGUGUUUCUGAAUGAAACAUGUUUAAUCUACCACAUCGCACUUCUUUUUACCCAAAAGCUGCGUUCGUGAAUUUAAAGAAGUAUUCCACGGUUUUCCACCUCGAUCUUUAUCGACUGCACCUGUAGCAUGUGUGUGAUUACAACAGAGGACAUGUCUUCAUGUACAGCACUGAACAGUUAUAUCAGGUGUGUAUUUUUCAGAAACACUUUUAUAACUUCAAUCAAAGUAUUUGUAAAUUAGGCUCUAAAUCAUAAGCUGUUCAUUCAGUCUUUUCAGGGUGGGACUGCUUUUUCAAAGAGAUGAAUUCUUGUGUUAUUUGUAUUACAUUAUUUGUAUUUUUUUAGUCCUAAAUUCAUUAUAUAUUCCUAAAACCUUUAUCAUUAGAAGAUGACUAUCAGAAUUUUAAAUCAGAAUUUUAUAGCCAAAGAUUAUUCGAUGUAUUUAUUGGUUUGUUUAUUUCUUUGUUUGUCUGUCUGCCUGUUAUAAAACAGCUUUGGUAAGAUUAACUACAAAAAAAAAAAUUAAUUUUAUUUGUUCAUUCAUUCAUUCAUUCAUCUAUUUAUCUGUCUAUGUGUUUGUUGUUUUUUUUGUUUGUUUGUUUAUUUGUUUGCCUUUUUGUUAAUAAAAAACAGCGUUGGCAUGAUUAUCUCAAAAUGUAUUUGUUAGUUAAUUAGUUAGCUGGUUAGUCUGUCUGUCUGUUAUAAAACAGCUUUGGUAACAUUUACUCAAAAUGUAUUUAUGUAUUUAUUUAUUCAUCUAUUUAUUUGUUUGUUUUUUGUUUGUUUAUUUGUGUGUCUGUCUGUU